GGAUGUUGUUGUGUUGUGGAGAGUCGCAGGUCAUUGAACGCAACACGCCGCCGCCUUGUGCGAUGACGUGUCAACGAAGUGCCGGAAGCUUCCAGUCUGUGCAAAAUGGCUUACCAGACACUACAACAAGAGUACCUGCAGAUUCCUGUUGUUACCAGGGCCUACACGACCGCGUGUGUCCUCACUACUGCGGCAGUGCAACUGGAGCUCAUCACACCAUUUCAGCUAUACUUCAAUCCGGAUUUGAUCCUAAGGAAUUACCAGGUAUGGCGAUUAAUAACCAACUUCCUGUUUUUUGGUCCAGUUGGCUUCAAUUUCCUGUUCAACAUGAUAUUUUUGUAUAGAUACUGUCGUAUGCUGGAGGAAGGCUCCUUCAGGGGACGCACGGCCGACUUUGUCUUCAUGUUCCUCUUUGGGGGGCUUCUGAUGACCAUAUUUGGCACUUUUGUAAGUCUGGUGUUUCUGGGCCAAGCCUUCACCAUCAUGCUGGUGUACGUGUGGAGUCGGCGAAAUCCCAACGUUCGCAUGAAUUUCUUUGGCCUGCUGAAUUUCCAGGCCCCCUUCCUUCCCUGGGUGCUGAUGGGAUUCUCACUUCUGCUGGGAAACUCCAUCAUUGUUGAUCUUUUAGGUAUCGCUGUGGGUCAUGUGUACUUCUUUCUGGAGGAUGUUUUCCCCAACCAGCCAGGUGGUGGAAGAUGGCUCAAGACUCCAUCCAUCAUAAAGAUGCUGUUUGACACACCAGAGGAAGAUGCCAACUACAACCCUUUGCCCGAGGAGCGCCCGGGAGGAUUUGCCUGGGGAGAAGGACAGCGCCUCGGAGGUUAAAUAUGCCCACAGAUGGUGGAAGGACAUUCCCUCAGAGAGACAAAGGGGACGAACAUGGUCUUUGAUUUUGACUUGUUUGUUUAGUUCUGGAUGAAGAAUGCCAAAUAUAGAGAUAACGUCUGUUGUCAUGGUAAAUGGGCCUCUAUCAUUCUCAGAAACUCUUCUUGAUGCGAGAUCCUUGCUCUAAGACUAUUACAGAGACCACAAGCUUCUGAUGGAACUCUGGAUCGUGAGCCUCCGGAGCCGAUGAUGUUUUUUUUCAAUCUAAAAAAUGGAUAGAAAACAACUGUCAUUAAAGAGAAAUAAGUGACAGCAGAAAAAUAUCAAAAUGAAUUUAUUCAGAUGGUGAGUGCAUUUUUUUCCUCCUCAUUUCACUUUUUAAAGAAAUAAAUGUGGCAAAUUAUAGUUUGGUUUCAUCUCUUUGUACUCUGUAGUAAGAAGUAUUAUUGAAACCCCAAAAAUAUUGAUUUCUUGAAUCUU